GCGGCCUGCGUGUCGGGCGAACGCACAUGCACGUUACCGAACGGACAGCCGGCUCUAGUUGAAUACGAAUGCGUGUUUUCCGUCCGGCGCCGUUACACGUGCGCUGCGGAUGCGCACUGCUGGCGCAUGGCCGGCCCCUGUUGAACGCGUUUGCGUGUUGAUGGCCUGAAGCGAAAAAGCGGUUUGAGGGGCGCCGGGCUUGGGCCUAGCGCCGUCACCUGGGCAACCGGCCUCACAGCCAGCCCGGCGACACCUGAAACACAGCACUCUCGUGGCGGCCGUCAGGAUGGCGGCUUCGGGGCCAACGAAAAUCACCUGGAAGCUGCAGGAGUUUGUUGCUCAUGCUGGUAAUGUAACCUGUUUGGUGCUGGGGAAGAAUUCAGGCAGACUAUUGGCAACUGGUGGAGAGGACUGUCGGGUGAAUUUGUGGUCAGUCAGUAAACCUAACUGUAUUAUGAGUCUUACAGGUCACAACACACCAGUUGAGUGUAUUCAGUUUAAAGAUUCUGAGGAGUUGGUUGUUGCAGGCUCACAAUCUGGAUCACUAAGAAUAUGGGAUUUGGAAGCAGCAAAGAUUCUUCGGACACUGUCGGGACACAAAGCCAACAUCUGCAGUUUAGACUUCCAUCCUUUUGGGGAGUUUGUGGCCUCUGGCUCUAUGGACACCAAUGUAAAGUUGUGGGACAUUCGAAGAAAAGGUUGUGUAAUGACCUACAAGGGUCACACAAAUGCUGUGCGUUGUUUAAGAUUCAGUCCUGAUGGGCGGUGGAUUGCUGCUGCUGGGGAUGAUAGCACAGUCAAGCUGUGGGAUUUGUCAGCGGCAAAAAUUCUAACAGAGUUCACAGAUCACACUGGACCUGUAAACAUUGUGGAGUUUCACCCCAAUGAGUAUCUGCUGGCUUCAGGAAGCUCUGACAGAACGAUAAAGUUUUGGGAUCUUGAAAAGUUUAAGAUGGUGAGCUGCACGGAAGUAGAGAGCACUCCUGUCAGGUGCAUCUUAUUCAACCCAGAUGGGUGUUGUCUCUAUAGUGGUUCUCAGGAUUCUUUGCAUGUUUACGGCUGGGAACCUCCCCGCUGUUUUGAUGUACUGCCAGUUAAUUGGGGUAGAGCAGCAGACCUUGCCAUCUGUUCCAAUCAAUUGAUUGGAGCUUCAUUCAGUCAGGUGACUGUCUCGACAUUUGUAGUGGAUCUGAAUCGUGUGAAGAAGACUGGUUCUAUUAUCCAAGGUGUAGUUGAGGAUGAAAAGCUGUACAAUCUACCGGUGACAAAAGGAGCUGUGCUCAGACGCAACUAUGAGAGGCCACUAACUACCUGCAGUAGGCCACAAAGUAAAGUGAAGGAGGAGCCAGAAAGUGAAGGGCGCAUUCCAAGUGGGGAAGAGGAUAAGGAUGACAAAGAAUCAACAGCAGAAAUUCGAAACCCGGAAGAAUACAAGGAGAUCUUCCAACCACAAAAUGCCAUUGCACGAACUCCACCUCGGAGGACUGAUCCCUUUCCUGCUCCCCCAGAAGAUGAUACUGUUGCAGUGAAGGAAGCUGAGAAAGUGACUGCUCCAACAGAGAUGCAUUCUCCUGUUAUGAAAAGGGUGCAGGCAGACCAGCUGAAUUUUCCUCCAACAGCAGCUUCCACUCCUGUCAAUCAGCCUGAAGCACCAAUAAUCCCAAUUGCUAAAAAUGAGCCCAUUGGAUUGAAGGUGGCAGACUUUCUCCCACCUCAGAAUAAUAAACUGGCUGAUUUGAGUGAUGAAGAUGCUGUGAGCCAAAUCCGGAAAGGACAUGACACUAUGUGCGUGGUAUUAACGAGUCGAUUCAAGAAUCUAGACACUGUGAGAGCUGUGUGGACCACUGGCGAUGUCAAGACCUCCAUAGACUCAGCAGUGACCAUGAAUGACUUGGCAGUUAUUGUGGACAUCCUGAAUAUUAUAAAUCUCAAACCAGCCUUGUGGAAACUUGACUUGUGCCCUUCAAUUAUUCCUCAGAUUGACAAACUGUUGCAGAGCAAAUAUGAGAGCUAUGUGCAGACUGGUUAUACUUCCCUUAAGUUGAUCUUGCAGCGAUUUGGACCCUUAAUGGCAGACAAUCUAGUGACACCACCCUCUAUUGGGGUUGACAUAACACGUGAAGAAAGGCACCAGAAAUGUAAGCUCUGUUAUAAGCAGUUAAAAAACCUGCUUCCGAUACUUCAGAGUAAAGCAGGAUUGCCCGGCCGUCAAGGCAGCGCUUUUCGUGAACUGCAACUUCUGAUGGCAGCUUUUGAAUGACCAGGUUCUCUGAUGAUUUGACAUCCUGUUGCAGAUGCUGCCAACAAAUGAUCCAAAGUCCAAGUUCUUUCCAAAUGGAUUACAUUUAAGUUCACUGAAGUCUAGAAUUUUGAACAUGAAUUGGCCAAGGUGCGCCUUGAAUGUUUUUGUUGUAAUGCUGUAGAGAUUUAGUUCUUCCCUCUCAGUAUUUAUGACAGAAGAGCAAAGGAAACUGAUUCCUUCAAUUACCUGCCUGUUAGUCAGUGUGUCAGGAAUAGAGAUUGUAGUGACAUGUUUUGCAUAGUUAACAUGUUACAAAGUAAGUAUCUUUGUUUUCCAUAAAUUGAAUUUCACUUCAACCUCACUGGCACUACUGAUUACUACAAAAGUUAUUGUGUCUGUGGCCUUUGGUCUGCAGCUAAAUGGUGAGAUCCAUCUGCCUUUUGGUUUAAAUAUAAUCAGAACACAUUGGGAUUUUCUCCUUGAACUUGUAGCUGCUAUGAAACAGGAUCUACUGUUAAGACCUUUUUUGCUCUUUGUGUUGUAAUGGAUCUUGUAUUGAAGUUACUUUGUAAAUGCUAUGAACUGUCCACUGGUAAUUUCAAGAGUAAGUUGUUCUUGCUGUUAACUUUACUUGUUGAGGAUUGCUCAUUUUUAAUCUUUCCUCCUGAUCUGUGAUUAAUACUGGCAUUGGAGGUCUUUUCCUCUUACUUCAGAUUUUAAAAAAAAUCCUGACCUCAAAUAGACAGUUCCUGUUGUGCUUUUUAACAAAAUUUGGCCUCCCAGACCUUGUUAAAGUAACCUGUGAAAUGUUUGGGGCUCUCGAACACUGAACAGGUAUAUUGCAACAAGCUACCUUGGUGGCCUUGUGAGCUCAACUGUAUUUGAGAAUAUGUCUCCUGGAUACUCAUUCAAUAACUCACUAGUUAUUGGUACUUUUUUUGGGAAAUGCAACAGGGCAAUGCAAGAUCAGUUGAUCUUUACUCUGUCCUCCGAGAAUAGUAUUGCACUAAACAAGCUGUAUACUUCAUAUUCUGGGUCUGGAGACAGAAUCAUUAUUUAACACCAAGUCUUAUCAAAUUCUAUUUAAAAGUUCAGUUUGUGCUUCAGUGUCCGUGCUAUGUAUAGAUGCUGUUAUUUUCUAUGUACAUUUUUUAACUGACUUCAAUAAAAAAAGUGAUUUGAAAGGCUCAAA